ACAGGCCCCUUUGCGUUGCGCCCACAUGCCCCCCUCGUUCCUCUUCGUUUCACCUGCGACCAGACCAAAGCCCGGUUCAGACAGACAAAGCCAGUGAGCGAGCGAGCUGAGCAGCGAGUGGGAGCGUGUGUGUGAAGCUCUGAAAUACCAUACCAGCUUUCGCUCACAUGCCUAGCUUGCUUCCUGCUUCACAUCACAUCCUAUCACAUCCCUUUGCUCGCUCGCUCACAGUGCAAGAAGAGCUGCCAAGUGAGCUCAGCUCAGCUCAGCUCAUCCACGCCCUGAAUCGCCGAGUAGUGGUAGUGGGCAGCGGUAGCUGAGCUCCGUGGCUCGCCGCAUUGCCUGCGCGGCGUUCAUGGGCGUCGCCCGACUGUGAGAUCCGCCGGCGACAAGGAAGGAAGGAAGGAAGGAGGGAGGGAAGGCGAGCUGCUCCUGAGCGGGUUCUUGCAUGGCAAGAGCUCGAUGCGCCGGAGGACGGAGUGCUCCUGCGCGGGCGCUGCUGCUCCUCGUCUGCGCUCUCCUCUGCGCCAUUGCGCUCGUCGCCGUCGUGCCUCUGGCAGCGCCCCCGGGAGAGGGCACGGCGAGGCUGCCUCCUACUUCAGUGUCGUCGUCGUCCUUCCAGGUGGCGGCAGGUGGCCGGCGCGCUUUCGCGAGGUCGGGGAGGUCCCGUGCCCGGCGAUGGAACUCGGCCGGGCUCGUCGACAGCAAGCAUGAGGUGCCCAGCGGCCCGAAUCCGGACUCCAAUAGGUAGGUAGAUAGAGAGAAAUCCGUGCCCUCCCUCAGGCAUUGCUGCUCUGCUUUCAAGUUUCAAUCAUCUUUGGCAACGUACGCACGUACGCUUCAUUCUCUCCUGUAACUUCUGCUGCUACCAUUUGUUGAUCAUAUCUUGAGAAGAGAAUCGAUGGAUGUACAAAUAGAUGAGUACUUCUUCA